AUGAAGAAAGAUAUACUUCCUUACACAACAUAUAUAGAUGUAAAAAGGGAGGAGGACAAAUCCUUCUCAUGUAAGUGCUUAUCAAACGCUUCAAGAAUUUUCAAUUUGCUAAAAUCAAGACAGCCUGUUAAACGUUGUUAUAUUUAUUUUUCUGUGAGUGGUUUUUAUGAGGUGUUUCAGUUAUCACACUUUCGUUCGUAUGGCCAAGAAUAUGAUUUGCAAAAACAGUGCAUUGAGGUGUUUAAAAAAGUGCGAAAUAUUAUGCUUGGCCGAACGUUCGAUUUAUGUUUACACGGCAAAGAAGCACGACUACCAGGUUGAUGUAAGUUUCCUAAAAAGAAAUUAAGUUUCUGUCAUAACCCACUGGUUCUUAAUUGUCAGUAAAAGUUAAUUUUAGCUCAGGUAGACGCAGAGGACAUUCAAACUCGAUUUAACAUAUCAUCUUUGUUUUUCUGGUCUACGAACAAAGUGAAUCAAAAUUGAACCUGACAGUGUAUGCUUGGGUAGCAUUGUUUUUCCGGACCACCUUUAUACUAAGGGUUAUUGAACGGAAAUACAAACCUACCUGUAAAGAUUCAUACGUUUGACAUAUUACAACACCAAACAGUGACAAAAAUAUCCGCGUUUGAAAAUAACUGCAGCCCAAGAAAGAAAAAAUUCCACUUGUUGGCAAGUGAAUAUCCCGCAGUGGAAAACUACGACAUUUCUAGAUUUUUAAGCAGCGGAAGUUUCCCUAGCGAGCCGCCAUUGUCAUUUCCACCUUUGGUGUAAAAAUAUUAACUCAGAUUGGUAUAUAGGUUGAGAUCAUCCUUCAAACUGACCAAUCACAAGACGAGGUUUUAACAAGCGUUGAUGAGUUUUAUCAUUUCAAAUCAGUUAAGCCAGUGAGUCAAAACCGACUCAAGUGUACCUGUUGUUUAAGUUGAAAGUCAUCAAUAAAAUGAAUGUUUUCAGUGGGUAUUUGCGCGUAUAAUUAUGUUAACCAAGUUAAAUGGUUUCGCACAGUUUGGUUACCGUCCAACGUUAUGAGAGUGAAUAAAUUAUAAUUCUCUCGCCACGAGAUGUUUUUGUCUCAUUUAUCACUUUCUUUUCAUUAAUUUUGUUCACUCUUUUAUAAAAUUAUCGGUUAUGUACGCUCGCCUUCAAAAACAUAAACAGGUAGCACAAUUGUAGGCAAUUUCUGUUGACCUUAGAAGUAAUGAGAAGUUAAGAAAAACACCACAUGUGUAGCGAUCAGCUCUGGCAUUUAGACUGUGCUAAAAUAUUUCAAGUUGCACGGGAUUGUUGAAUGGAAAGAUCUUACAAUUCUAAUUAUCCAUGCUGUACGAGUAAGAUCGCCGAUCCUUUUAAGUGUGCCUCAUGUAUGUGAAACCCGUCACCUGUGGUUUUACUAAGUUGAUAGCGACCACUUAUUUGCAGUAUGAGGCAUAGUUCUCAUUUUCGGUGUGUACUUUGGCUGCCUGUGGUUUUUACUUGGCGGAUAUUGAGCAGUUACAGUCGACUUUCUGUUAACGGACAUCUCUAUAAGACGGACACCUCCGUAAAACGGACACUUAGAGUUGGUCCCUGCCUUUCUUUGCUCCCUUUAUUUGACUCUCUGUAAAACGGACACGUGGUGCCGGUCCCAAAGGUGUCCGUCUUAGAGAGAGUUGACUGUAUUUACAGUAUGAGGCAAUAUAGUUAUCAUUUUCGGUAUUUCAUGUCAACAGAAUAACGCACAAUUUGCUUCUAAGCUACUAUUUGUUUUGUUUCGAGGCAAAACUUUGACCUUCUCCUGAUCCUUUCAUAUGUACACCCAUGACUCCUGGGACGCUCCAAUAGGUUCAGGAUGGUCACAAAGGUUUACCUUUUCUCUUACGUGCUUUUUAAAAAAACCUUCACUCCCUUGGGAGAUGGUUAGUUAAUCAGACCUCAAGUGUCAACCCACGACGUAAUUGUAGAAAGUAAACUCAGUACUGCUUUUUAAUGUUGUGAGAGCUGCCGGCAAUUUUCCUAAACAGUUUAAAAAAUAAGUCAAGAUGCUUGAAAAAUUUUGCCAUGGCAUUAAUUUCAAGUGAAACCGUUUUUUGUAGGUAUACAGUCUUACUUAAGAAAAAUAUUUCCUUAACAGUGAAUGCUUCAAAGUAAACAUAACAACAGGUGUUACAUUAUAGUGUUGCAGCACGUUGAAAAAGUAACUUGUAAUUGUUUCUAACAGUUAAUGAGAUAUUUAGCCUCCUACCUGCUGCACAUAAUCCGACUUCCUCGUUUUUAAAUAAUGCCUUAAUGUGUUUCUGCAUGUAAACUUUGACGGUAAUUAGGUCAAUCAAACAAGGCUGCUAGGUUUGGAACCGGUGAAAUGUUGUCAUGUGGCCACGCCCUAAAUUAACGCCUUGUAAUAGACUCAUAUUAAAUUGUCGCCAUUAAAGUAAAAAUGAACAGUCAAUUUUCAACGUCUCUACUUAAAAGGUGAAAAAACGGAGAUUUCUAAUCUCAAGUAUUACUUCGCUCGAGGGUCACUUCGAUCUUACGGAUAAAAUAUUUAACAGUGGCUAAGCUUUUCUUGAACAGUACUUUCUUUCUUUCAUACGUCAGGCUUCUGUCGUACCGAAGUUAAUCCUUGAAUGAAGGUCGACUCACAAAAGCACGCCAGAAGCACGACACGAACUACUAAUUAAUAUUGGAAGAAGAGAUAACUUAACAGAUCCUCACUGUCUAAUAGUGAUUUAGGCUGAAUACUAUUAUUAAAAACUGAAUCAUUGGAUAAUGCAAUUCUAGAGCUCUGAUUGGCUUUAGCCAUCAUGGUAUAUGAGCCAUUGUACCAUGCUCUCCAAACGUGGUGACUGUACGCGUCGAUCAAAUUUAAAAAUAAGCAGAAAAUCGGUUGUUUUUACAAAUAAAGUCGGGAGGAAUUCUCGAUAUUUUGUGGGCGUUGUUAACAAAACAGUUAUUUCACAAGCGCAUGUUGGAUAUGAGAUGAUUAUAGCCAGCUCAUAUAUCCAACGUGCUCUCGUGGGGUAAUUGUUAAGAUUGGGGAGUGGCCGGAAAUGGAGAGUACAGAGAACAAAAACGGAAAAUUCGGGGGGGAGCUCCCUCGUCCUUUCUCAUUUCCCUUUGCGCCGCCAACCACUAUUUGAGUGCCUGAACGGGUUAAUGUGCUAACUUCACAUUUAUCUCUUAUCUAGAUCUCACUCUGUCUUAUGCGGGCCGUGGGAGAUCUGGGUAGGAGGUAAGUAUGCUGCAUGCACACUGCUGGGAAAAGACCAAGGAUCGUCGAUGUCCAACGCAUUCUUUGUGGUGAUAAAUGACGCAAACUAUUAAAUGUUGAACUUGGUAAGUAAAUGAGAAAGAUGUAUUCAACAAGCUUAGACGAAAAAUAACGCCUAAAUAAUCUUUUUUUAAAAAAAUACUCAGUUUUUAUUUAUUCACUUUUCAUUCCAUCUCUUUUUUUUUCUUUACGUUUCCUGAAGGUACAUGUGUCCAGGUACUUUUUUAAGUUCACAAUAACGAAAAUUUUAUUUAUUUAUCUUUCCGUCUUCUGAAAAAACGUUGUGCUCUACAUGCAUUUACUUGUGGUCCUUUGUGGCAGUCGACGUUUUUAUAUUAUAUCAAGAACCGUAAUAUUAUGAUCUCUUGAUUUUAUUAAGUAAAUUUUAUUAAAGUUUUAUCCUUGUUUCGAGGUAUUUCUAUCUUCAGUUAUUGCAUCAAGGUUGAAUCCUUUUCUCUUUCUCUUUCGGCACUGGUUUGAAUUAGGUGAUUGUUUCUUUCUUUAAAUUAUUAUUCCUCAAUUUCACUAUUCCAUCUCGUUUAUACGGUAUAACAGGUUUGAUUGAGUCUUCAUUGAUUGUGUUCAGUGGUAUUUUAGGUCCCUUGGGUUGCGUGGCCAUUUGAGAUUUAGGUUUUCCUCCUGGAAUCAGACCUGAAAUGGCCUUUAUUGCAUUUUCCCCAGCCUUCAUGAAAAACUCCAGGAUGUCUCUUUCUUUCCUUUGAUGUGCUGUUGCUAAAAAGGAAAGGAGUUGUUUAAAUUCACUCUUUAUCUAACCUUGUUUCAGGUUUUUCCUUCGGGCGUCUUGAAUUACGUACGGAUAACAGUUCAUCUAAAACUAUUAUGUUUAAUAUACUUUACUGCGAUGUUACUUUGCUGUCCAAGGAUUGCCUAUUAUUAACACUGCUUGAAAUGAUCAGUAUACAGUCGCUUAGCAACCGUACGUACAAGUCUUACCUAUUGGCCACUUAAGAAACAAGAGGAAAUCUGGGUCGAGUUAACUUUCUCAAAGACUUCCGGGACUGUUACUAAGGACAGUAGCUGACCAUCGAGUCCCCAGAAGCGAUCCCAGAAACAAUUGCGGGAUGCCUUUCGUCUCCAGUUCCCUUCUCGUUUCUAAACUGGCGAAUGUCAUAUCCAACAUCAUACACCACAGAGAGUAGUUCUGUGGUGCUUUCGAGUGGUAUACCUCGGAAUGCCCCUAAGUGACUCGAUUUUUCUCAACAUAUUUACUCUCGUACUCCAAGUCCAAUCUAAAAGCUAGGUCCCUAAUAUCUUCUCAGAUGCUGCAGAUGCGAUUAAGGGCGAAGACGGAGAAAAUAUAUUCAGCAGUCUUUCAACUUUUUAACUAUAUUACUUUUCGUUUAUAUAUUUUUCUUUCUCAGUCAUUUUAAAAAGUUUUCUCCAUCAAGAGAUAAACUAUAUUCCUCUUGGCUGAAGGCUGAUGUCCUUCAACUCAGUUAAUUUGCACUUCUAGUAUCUUACCAGCCACCUUGCCUUGUCUAAAGGCACCACGGGAUGGUUACGCCCUAAGCCAUUUUCCUUAAGAUGUAUGACAAUAAACUGUCGAAACUUAUAUUAUCAUAUUUUCCCCAACAAGGCCAGCUGAACUGGUGCAUAUCAUAUUUAGCAGGUCGCUACAGGUUACAGCCAUAGUUUGUUUGACAGAUAUUAUUUCAAAAAAUAUAAGAAACGAAAACAAGGUCUAUAAGUAAAACAACAAAAAUAAAGCGGAAUACUUCACGAUAAUGUAUGAGAAAUUCAAUACAUUUUCAAAAUUUUACCUUGUAUUUCUGGUUCCACCGAAAGCCCCAUCAAGAUUAAAAGGAGUAACAUUGCAGUUCGGAAGAGAUGCAGGACCUAACAGGUCAAUCACGUGUUGCUUGUUGUGGCAAGAAGUACGCUGAGGCUCAUUGCAGACAAAAAAAUCUUCUUGGUCUUGAUCAAUUUUACUGAUGAUCAAGGUUAUGUUGUUCUAUAUCAAACCUUCUAAGUUUACGUUGUUUGGAUUUGAGUACUGUAAACAUGUCAGGCAAUAAGAUACUUAUUUACCUAUUCAAAUGUAAUAUGACGUAGACAGAAAUGAAUAUUUGACCAAGAGCAGACAGCUUGCAACUUAUCGAUAUGCAAUUCAGAGUUUAGCGAGUCUCUAAGCAACGCACUAUUCUCACAACUGAAGGACGUUUUUACUCUUUAUUUCUUUGAUUUUCUUUUCAAUAUCAAACCCUCCACUUUAGUGCUUGCAGUUAAAACUCGGCGUCUUUUUGAAGUGCUCUCCCUCUUUCUUUUGUUGUCUCUUCUGUUCUGCCUUCUCGGCCAACGUCACAACAAACUUCUUGACCGGCACUUGAUUCACAGCUUGUGGGCGAUCAGAAGCAGGGAUGUUUCCAAGGCUUCGUGGUCUCCCCUGCAGACAUUCUUCGUGCUACGGUAUAGCGAAGCUAAUGUCUACCUGUUGGGCGGGUUCCCUUGCCAAGUUCACUUCUUUCAGGAUUUCAUUGUUAGUCACUUUGCUCUGCCAUUUGAUAUUAAGUAGGCGUUUGAGGCAGCGUUUCCGCAUGUGAUAUGUAUUUAGCUUACGUAAAGACAUUUCAUAUGUUUUAUUCCCUUUAAUUUCAAAUUGGCCCUAUGUUAUAUUUGAGCUUAUCAUCAAAAGAAGAGUUUAAAGAGCAGUUGAGGUCUUUAAUUUUCUGCUAUCGACGAUCAUCUUACGUCAGCUCAAGUUCCUUGGUCACAUUUUGUGCAUAGAGAGCUCUCAAAUUAUGGCGAACGAAGCGAGCCGUGAGAGAACACUCUUGCGUGUCUUCUCGGACUCCCCCAAAUGGAGGGCUUACUUGCAGGCCGCACCCGCUAACAUCUACGCGUUGUAUGAGCCCCUCCUCCUCCACGGGAGAAGACCCGCAAGGAGACUGCAAAAGUCCUUUUCCAGCCAAGUCCAGGAAUAGAUCUACCCCAAUAAGCAUUUCUCAGAGGAUCACAUCUUGCGCACUGCCCAAGACCGAGCCAGCUGGAGACGCUUUACAGUCAACUGCUCUUCGGUCAGCUGAUGAUGGUGAUGAUGAUCAAUUUUCUGAUGAUCACAAU